AUGGUAGAAACAACCAAACCUCUUAUCCUAGCCUGCUGCCUCCACCAAGAUGGCCAUUUCGGACCCAUCGCCACAAUAUCCAAAGGCCUGAUUGAAUGCGGCUACGAAGUAACAAUCUACACGGGGUCCACUUGUCGCGAGAAAACGGAGGCCAUCGGUGCCUCCUUCCUUCCAUUCCCAGGAAAGGCAGACUGGACUGAGCGAUCACUUUUCAUGGCAAUACCACAAGAGAAGCACAAGGACUUCUUCCAGCCACCUGGACCGGGAUUCAAUGCUACAGUUUGGGAACAUGUGCAGGUUGGGAUGAUUCCUGAUCAACAUGCAGGAAUUCAGAAAUUCUUGCAGGAGGCGAACGAGAAAAAUAGAGAGGUGAUCAUUCUUCAUGAAUGCACAUUCUGGGGUGCACUUCCGAGCCUCAUGGGUUCUGGGAUGCGACCACUGGGUGUCAUUUCUGUGGGAAUUCAGCCUCUGGCGUUGUCUAGUCCUGAAGUUCCGCCAUUCGGAUCUGGAUUGAAAUAUGAUCCAACCCCAAAAAGCCACGAGAGAAAUGCAGCGGCGAUUAAAGAGCUUUACCAGGGUGCAUAUUCGGUACCCGAUGAAAAGUUCCAAAGGGUGGUCGAGUCCUUAGGCGGUACAACAUCUCGCUAUCAUGUGCUGGAUGCCCAAGUUCAACUACCGGAUCGAUACCUACAAUUAUGUGUUCCAGGUCUUGAAUAUCCCAGGUCUGAGUUUCCAAAAGGCUUUCAGUUUGCAGGCAGUCUCCCAAAAGGAAGGCAUCGGCUGACAUCCUCAACGAAAGUUGAAUACCCUGAAUGGUGGGGAGAAGUUACAAAAUCGAAGAAACCAGUUGUGGUGGUAUGUGGGGGCACAACGAUCAAUAUCCCUUACCAAAAUUUGAUUGUUCCAACGAUGCAAGGUCUCGCCAACGAAGAUGUGAUUGUGGUGGUAUUGCUCGGCUGUUCAGGAGCAAAACUGCCCUCCGAGGUUUCCAUUCCAGACAAUUGUCGAGUGGUUGAUUAUUUCCCAUACGACGAGCUGUUCCCCCACGCAGAUGUCUUCGUCAAUCAUGGAGGCUAUGGAGGACUUCAGCAUGCGAUGAACCAUGGAUUACCGGUUGUGACAGCCACCGGGAUUACCGACAAACCCGAGAAUGCUGCUCGUGCAGAGUGGGCUGGUGUUGGUGUCAGUUUGGGAACAAACAAGCCAUCUCCAGAGAAAUUACAAGAGGCUGUCAAGAAGGUGCUAUCAAAUGAGACGUAUCGACUGAAAGCAAAGGAAAUUGAAGAGGAAAUGACAAAGUUCGAUGCGAUUCAAAUUGUUGUUAAGAAUGUCGAGGAGUUGAGUUCGCAAGAAUAA